CACUUCCACCAAAAUCAAAGCAAUCUCCUCUCCAAGUUUCCUCCUCACCUCUGUCUCUCUCUCUCUUUUCCUCAUAAUCAAAUUCACUCACUUUCUCUCUCUAAAAAUUUGGAAGCAAUGGAGCAAAAUCUACCAAUCAUAGCCAAGAAAAUCUGGAAAAUAGUCCGAGUGGUCUAUUUCAUGCUCAGAAAAGGCAUUUCCAAGGGCAAAUUGUUUGCUGAGCUCAGCAUGAUCAUGAAGCGCGGCAAGAUCGCCGGCAAAGCCGCCAUACAGAGUCUCAUGCACCACCACCAUAACCACGCUGCUGCCUCCGGCGAAGAGUCUACAGACCGCCACCUCUCCUUCCCCGACGAGUACGAGUUCAGCUGCAGCAACAGCCCCGCUUACCCUGUUUUCCACCUCAACAAGCGCAAGCGCUCGCGGCCCGCUGAACAGGAUCUGAUAAUGGCGGCGGCCAUGGAGAUGAUCAACAGCGCGGCGGCGUCUCCGGCGCUGCCGGGGUUCGGGAAGAGCCCCGUCGUGAGGCAGCUGAGGGUGACUGACUCGCCGUUCCCCUUGAGGGAUAUUGAUGAAGAUAGUAAGCAUGUGGACGAGGCUGCUGAGAAGUUCAUCAUGAAGUUCUAUAAGGAUUUGAGGCAGCAAAAUUCGGUGGCUUGUUUGGGCUAUUCUUGAUUUCCAACUGUAUUAUUAUAUAUGUUUUCUUUUGUGAUUGUAAUUUUUGUAAGUAUUUUAUUAGAUUUUUUAUAAAAAAAUAAAGAGAAAAAAGAUUAUACACCAAA